AAAGAUGUAAGGAUCGUUAACAAGGGGAGACAAAUCAGUAGCUGCGGAGAGAGACAAGACGGUGUCUUUGGUCAUCGCCACGCAAAUUCCUACUAGCAGAUGCUGAAUCAGUGAAAACCAGCAGUUGCUCUGACUCGGUGGCAAAGCAGCCCAAUACUUCAAAGUAAGGCGUUCCCAGACGGUUUGUUUUGCACAUCCCGGAUGUGCAAGUUCCUAGUGGAAACAGCGCUUUCUUGAACUGGUUUAGUUCUUAAACCCAUUUAAGCUAAACUAGUUUAAGGUGCAGCUAGUGGAAACACGGCCUUAGUUUUCAUGUUUAUGCCCAUACACUAUUCAAAAAUACACCUUUACAACAAUUUCAACCUGUGGCAUUCCUUAACGUCCAAAAUUGGGGAGGGAGCUGCUGGGAUUAACCCCGGUUUAACAUUUAAUUUUAUGAGGCCUGGACCAGAGUCAUUAUAUAAAUGGCCACGCCUACCAAUACGGAGUCUGGGCUCCCAGGCCUCUAUAGCGACACCACUGAUUUCAACGCAACAUGUUUCAUCUCGCACUCUGGCUUGCGAGGCUACACGUACAUACGGCGAAUUUUUUUUUUGGGCCCACUUUCUUCAGUACCCGGAUAAACGUCCCGUAUACCUGUAAUCUGCACGUGACGUUGGCAGAAGGAACGUAACAUGAUUGUAUUGUUGUUUGCGUUCGUUGACUACUGCGCACCUUGCGACGCCACACCAUUGACGUUGCUGAAGCGGUAGCUGCGUCGUAAUUUUCGAACUCGGGGCCAUCAAAGCACAUACGCACAAAGUUGCUAUAGCAGUUCAUAAUUCAGCAGAAAUCUGCGUCAGUGCACUUGCAUCGCAAAGGAGCUGUUCCAACUUUCAGCUGUUCAACCAGAGACCUCUUCAAACUGGUGUACACGUAAUACAGCUAGCUAUCUAUUAAAAUAUGCAGACUACUAGUAGCUAGACUACGGUACGUAUAGUCACGUAGACAUAGAUUAACUUUUUAGUUCUUCAGGAACAUUGCAUGGGCUUACACGUAAUCUAUACCUUACAUUGUAUAUCUAUAGUAAACAUGCUUCUAAGUAUAAAGUUUAUAAUAAACUGUCAACAUUUUUGCUGUUCUGCUGAAUACUGGUGGACAGACUGUGCUGUCUCUUUAUCUUUUGUAUUCGCUUCGGCAUCACAUACCUACUGACAGAAGGAGUUGUUUGAGUUGAUCUCCUACUAUUAAACACACUGGGGCAGCCAGCUCUUGCAGGAACAGAGCUUGAAUUUCUCAUGUGUUUUCGUCUGCUGAGGGCUGUAGGCUGCACCCAAAUUCUUUGCCUGUGCUUUGUUAUCCCUGUAUGACUGCCAAAAGUGUGUAAUGCUGAAACUAAACGCUGCUGCUUGGUCGGUGGAUGUGUUGAUUUUCCUCAACAUUUCCAGUAGUUUCACAAAACUUUUUAACAGCUGUCAGAUACCCAUCAUUAUUUGUCAUGUUGGGGGCAAGUCCAGUUUCUAGGUCAACCAUGACUUCAUUGAGACUUGUUUUGACUGUCUCAAUUGUCUGAUUCUUGUCUUCACCACUACUGGGUAUUUCAGUCUCCUUCAUGGUUGUUUUCUGCCUUUUCUGUUGGAACAGAUCAUCAUCCAGCAUGGCUGAUUCUUUGAAAGAAUGUCGUAUGUCUUCAUUAUGCCACUGAAUAUCAACAGAGAGGGACUGCAAGUACUCUUCAUCUGACUUUUGGUGAAGACUGCUAUAGAAGCUAAUGAGUUGGCAAUCUUUUUACAAGAGCUACGUCUGCAAGGAGCUGAUGGGGAUCAACAGCAACGAGGAGUGGAGAACGUGAAGGAUGAGAAGUUGGCUGUUGUGGAGGACAAAGCAGCAGCAUUGGGGUUGAGGCGAUCGAAUGGCUACGAAAGGAGACGAUUGUUACUUCUAUUAUAAUACUGAAUGUCUGAAGGGUGACCAAUGCCCUUUCUGUCACAGUCAAGCUGCACUCGGUAACAACACUGUCUGUGCGUUGUGGCUACAAGGGUCGUGCUUUCGAUCAGCAUGUCCGUUCAGACAUAUGCAUAUCACUGUGAAUGGUGACACUUUCGUCUAUUUCUCACAUUCUUGUGAGAAUGUCGAAUGUUUAGCCAGUUGAAGAGUGAGUUGUUGUGUUGCUUUGAGAUUCAACCGAGUGGCUGCCUCAAGCCCAACUGUCCUUUCAAGCAUUUCAAGCCAAGAAAUGUGAUCACACUGGGAACGAGCUCAAUGCCGGUGAUGUCAACGACACAGCCAGUUGUUGCUGUCAGACCGUCUGUUUGUGCUUCUACCAACUUGGUUCAAGCACAGGACACGGAGAUGCCAAAUUUCCGUGGAGUUGUAAAGGAAGUGAUGACGUCUCUAUCAGCCCAGUCAGACAACAAAGGAACAUCAAAUUUGACUGUUAGUGGGCGGAUAGUCACACUAAGAAAACCGAUAGGACAUGUGAAGAAGAUUGCAUAUAUUUGGAAGGUUGGAGCAAUGAAUGGCAUGUCAAAGUAGUGUCCAGCAAAAUCAUGCCACUAUUCAAGCUGCUAGUGCAACAGCUGUGACAUUUGUUGACCAGUUUACGAUGCUGUAUAAUUCAAUUCUAACCAGUUAUAGUCAUUACCGGUUGGAUAUAAUA